UCUAACCAUGCAGCACCUCAACACAUCCAACAGCUCGCUCACUGCUCCAGUCUCAGCUGAAUACUUGAUUGGGAGUAGUAUACUGGCAGUUUGCUUCAUACUGGGAGUUCCUGGGAACAUUGCAGUAUUGGUAUAUCUUAGUGGAUGGCUGAAGAGAGGCAGUUACACCCCACGAUUGAUGCUAAGCCUUGCCAUAUCAGACCUGCUCACUCUGCUUUCUCUGCCGUUUUGGAUUUGGUCUUUUCUUCAUAACUGGGUCUUUGGCUUGGUCAUGUGUAAGCUUCUAUCCUACUUGGUAUACUUCAGCCUGUACUGUAGUACACUGUGUGUGAUUCUGAUGAGUGUGCAGCGAUACAUGCAAGUGCUGCAUUCAGGGAAAUGGAAAAAGCUUGGCAGAAAAGGAAAGAAGAUCAUACUGAGUGGGAUGUGGAUGUUUAGUGGAGUAAUAUCUUUCUAUGCUCCCAUGCAACGCACUCUAAAGUUGAACAGUGAAAGACAUGUUCAGUGUAGUCUGGUCUAUCGUGAUAAUUUUGAGCGAGUCGCUACUUUAAUCUGGGAGACAACAUUUUUUAUAGUUUUGUUUCCCACACUGACUUACUUCUACUUUCAUCUUCACAGAGGAGUUAAUAACUCAGCUUUUUUUAGCAGUAACAUUUUGACAAAGCUGGUGAUCCGAAUUUUGGCAUGUUUUUUUUUUUUUUGGGUCCCAAUACAAAUCUCCAACAUUAUGAUGGUCAUUGCUGUUUUACUUGAAAAUGAAAUUCUGGAAAAGCUAUUAAACACAUUCUGAAACAUUAAGACACAUAGCAAAAUACACACACACACACACACACACACACACACACACACACACACACACACA